AUGGCAGGCAUUCAGGAUUUCCGCACCCUCUCUCUCAUCACCAUCCCUGGCACACAUGACAGCAUGGCCGUCCAUGGAGGUCCCGAGGCAGAAUGCCAGGUCCUGUCCCUGAGGGAUCAGCUGAGGGCUGGCAUUCGUUUCCUGGAUCUCAAAGUCUUUGGACUGGGUAACACCCUCUAUGUCAUGCACGGGGUGAUGUACGAGCACAGCACACUCAAGGAUGUCCUUGACACAGUUAAUGCUUUCCUGUCUGAGUUUAAGACUGAAGCUGUGCUCAUUAGAGUGCAACCUGAGUCUUUUGAGAAGAGCACAGUCAAUGAAAUGAAGAGCACUUUUACACUAGGAAUCCCCCUCAUAGAUACAGCUGUGAAAGGUAACUCUAAGGUUAGUAACGUUAAGGACAAAGAUAACAAAAUCAUCCAUCAGCUGAACCAAGCCACUGAAGCCUGUGGAGGUGAUAAUGCUGUUCUGACCUACACUAGUGGUACUGGCUUUGGUACUUUCUGGGGAAUGUUUCUGACUCCAAAAAGGGUGGCUGAACGGGUAAACCCAUGGCUGAAUCAGUACCUGAGACAGUUCUACCCAAACCAGCCCAGACCGUGCUUCGGUAUCAUUGCCAUGGACUUCCCUGGCUUUGACCUCAUCCAAACUGUUAUUGGUUUGAAUAGGUGGUAG